CUCCCUGCCUGAGGCAAGAGGCGCCCUGACAGCCUACUGAUGUCCGUGCAUCUGUCGGUCCAGCCUCCUCGGCUCUGAGGCAGGAGACUGCAAUGUCCCAGGCACAGGACUACGAAUGCAGGGCCCAUAAUGCCGACGCACAGGAGCCCCGGCUGUCUGGGCCAAGCACACGGCUGGAGUGGGUGGAGAUCAUCGAGCCACGCACACGGGAGCGCAUGUAUGCCAACCUGGUCACGGGCGAGUGCGUGUGGGACCCGCCGGCUGGCGUGCGCAUCAAGCGCACCAGCGAGAACCAGUGGUGGGAGCUCUUUGACCCCAACACGUCACGCUUCUACUAUUACAACGCUGCCACGCGGCGCACUGUCUGGCACCGCCCACAGAGCUGCGACAUCAUCCCUCUGGCCAAGCUGCAGACCCUGAAGCAGAACACCGAGUCGCCCCGCGCCUCAGCCGAGAGCAGUCCGGGCAGGGCCAGCACCGUCAGCCGAGAGGGCAGUCCCGGUGCAGCCCCGGAGCCCGAGCUCGAUGAUGCUGUUGCCACCACCGACAGUGAGAAGGUGCAGGAGCCCCUGCUGAGGGCCACCCGGCCAUUUGGGGUCACCAAGGAGGAGCGGGGCAGCGGCAGCUCCUCCCCGCCGGAUGUGUUCCUGGAGAAAGACUGUGAGAACUACCGGGACUGCAGCCCGGAUGGCCCACUGCUUCACUACAGGGCUUCCUCGCUUCAGUGGACCACGGGGACCAAGGAGCGCAUGCUCAUCAAGGUCACUGGCCGGGAGCCCAGCUUCCUCGCCCCCCAGGGCAACGGCUUCCCUACAGACAGCCAGCCUGGGGCCCGCACCCGCAGGCCCUCUGGCAGCCAGCACUCCCCUGGCCUACAGAUCUUUGCCCCCGACUCUGAUGGUGCCGUCUUCUUCCCUGAGAGGCGGCCCUCACCCUUCCUAAAGAGGGCUGAGCUCUCGGGGGGCUGCUCCCCACUCCCAGGCCGUGGGAGCGACACCUUCUGCGUUCCGCUGCAGGCCCAAUCCCGCAAGCCCUCCAGCGACUCCCAGCCUUCCUCCCCACGCUAUGCCUACGAGCCCCCCCUCUACGAAGAGCCUCCCGUGGAGUACCAGGCCCCCCUCUAUGAUGAGCCCCCUAUGGACAUGCAGUAUGAGGCCGGCGUGGGCUAUAAGGCCGGCUCGCCCCAGAAGUCACCUGUGCGUAAGCCUCGCCCCUUCCUGCAGUCUCCCAAGCACUCGUCACCCUCACCGUACCAGCAGCUGGUGCUGACCAGACAGAGGGGCCCUGAGCGCUUCAUGAGCUUGGACUAUAGCCCUGCGGGCAAGGAGUAUGUGCGCCAACUGGUCUACGUGGAGCAGACUGGCUCCAGCCCCAAGCUGCGGGCCGGCCCACGCCACAAGUACGCGCCCAACCCCGGAGGUGGCUCCUACUCACUGCAGCCCAGCCCCUGCCUGGUGAGGGACCAGCACCUGGACACGCGGUCCGGGGACUACAGCAGCAUGGAGGGGCCUGACUUCCGGCAUGGCCCCCCACCCACACCACUGCCCACCACGCAGGACGACACCAUGUCCUGGUCCAGCCAGCAAGGCACCAUGUCCUCGGUUGGCUGCUCCCCCGGCCCCCGCAAGAGGAAGAGCAGGAAGCCGUCCCUAGGCCAGGACCCCAACACCUCGUCAACUGAUGGCUCGGGGGACCGAGAGCCCCUUGGCGAGCCCCUCCUGGCUGAGGAGCGGCCCCUGUGUGGGUCUGGCCUGGCUCCCUUGAAGCGUGCUGAGGGCCGACUGGUCGAGGCAGAAGGGGUGCGAGGCGCAUGCGAGCCCCUCCUGGCACAGGCGAGGCUGGCCUGGGAAGCCCAGCAAGCUCACCACCACAUGAAGCAGCGGGGCAGCUGGGACUCGCAGAAGGAUGGCUCAGGCUAUGAGAGCGACGGCGCGGUGCCCCUGCCCAUGCCAGGGCCCGUGGUGCGUGCCUUCAGCGAGGACGAGGCUCUGGCCCAGCAGGAGAGCAAGCACUGGAAGAGGGGCCCCUUCGAGAAGCUUGGCUUCCCCCAGAUCCUGCUGGAGAAGAGCAUCUCCGUCCAGACCAACCUGGCCUCCCCGGAGCCAUACCUGCACCCCUCCCAGUCUGAGGACCUCGGUGCCUGUGCCCAGUUUGAGAGCAUUCGGCAGGGCCGCAGCAUGAUGCCCAGCGCCAGCUGCGUCUUCCCCACCUUCACGCUGCGCAAGCCUUCCUCGGAGACAGACAUCGAGAACUGGGCCUCGAAGCACUUCAACAAGCACACGCAGGGCCUCUUCCGGCGCAAGGUGUCCAUUGCCAACAUGCUAGCCUGGAGCAGCGAGUCCAUCAAGAAACCCAUGAUCAUGACCAGCGACCGGCACGUGAAGAAGGAGGCCUGCGAGAUCUUCAAGCUCAUCCAGAUGUAUAUGGGUGACCGGCGAGCCAAGGCCGACCCGCUGCAUGUGGCCCUGGAGGUGGCCACCAAGGGCUGGAGCAUGCAGGGCCUGCGGGACGAGCUAUACAUUCAGCUCUGCCGGCAGACCACCGAGAACUUCCGCCUGGAGAGCCUGGCGCGUGGCUGGGAGCUCAUGGCCAUCUGCCUGGCCUUCUUCCCACCCACGCCCAAGUUCCACUCCUACCUGGAGGGCUACAUCUACCGCCACAUGGACCCCGUCAAUGACACCAAAGUGACACAGCAUAUUAAAGAGCUGCUGGAGAGGAGCGCUAAGAAGAAGUCCAAACUGAGAAAGAAAGCCAAGCCGUGUGUUGGAGAGCCAGAUGGGGUGGCGAUAAGCACAUAUGCCAAGUACUGCUACCACAAGCUGCAGAAGGCUGCCCUGACCGGGGCCAAGAAGGGGCUGCGGAAGCCCACCGUGGAGGAGAUCCGGCACGCCAGGAACGCGGUGUUCAGCCCGUCCAUGUUCGGCAGUGCCCUGCAGGAAGUCAUGAGCAUGCAGAAGGAGCGCUACCCCGAGCGGCAGCUGCCCUGGGUACAGACCCGGCUCUCCGAGGAGGUGCUGGCCCUCAACGGCGACCAGACAGAGGGCAUCUUCAGGGUCCCUGGGGACAUUGAUGAGGUGAAUGCUCUGAAGCUGCAGGUGGACCAGUGGAAGGUGCCGACCGGCCUGGAAGACCCCCACGUCCCUGCAUCCCUGCUGAAGCUGUGGUACCGGGAGCUGGAGGAACCGCUCAUCCCGCACGAGUUCUAUGAGCAGUGCAUCGCGCACUACGAGAGUCCAGAAGCCGCCGUGGCCGUGGUGCACGCCCUCCCGCGCAUCAACCGCAUGGUGCUCUGCUACCUCAUCCGCUUCCUCCAGGUUUUCGUGCAGCCUGCCAACGUCGCCAUCACCAAGAUGGAUGUGAGCAAUCUAGCCAUGGUGAUGGCGCCCAACUGCCUGCGCUGCCAAUCAGAUGACCCCCGAGUCAUAUUCGAGAACACGCGCAAAGAGAUGUCCUUCCUGCGAGUGCUGAUCCAGCACCUGGACACCAGCUUCAUGGAGGGUGUGCUAUAGCGGGUGGGACGAGCGGGAGCAGGAGAGCGGGGAGGGACCACUCAGCCCAAGGGUCACAAGCAAGCCCAGCACAGGGGCUUGAGCAGAGCUGCCACAAGGGGCCCACCCUCCUCCCUAGCCCAGGUCAUGAGCCCCAAGGGACCCCCUGGCCACAGGCUGGGUGUGAGGGCACAGCCUGGCCACAGAAGAGCCCCUCUGGGCCCCACCUCAGGGCUAGCUCCUGCUGAAACACCCCAGGGGUGGUUGUGUUAGCCCAGCCGGCCUGCAGCACAGCCCUGAGAAAGUGCCUUCUGUUACCCAGAGCCGAGCGACACUGCCCCUCAUGGCCAGCCGGCCGGCACGUAGCCCUCCCCUAAGGGUGAGCUGCCAUUUUGCCAUCUGCCUGGCCCUCUCCCCGCGUGCACCUCUCCCGACACACACUCUCACCCACCCACCCUUCCUCUGGUCGGCCUGCAGCUCCCUGACCCAUAAUGGGAGCUGUCAUGCCCUGCCAACCGGAUACUCCUGGACCAACCUCUUCCCUCACCUGCCUACCUGUUGCUUGGAGCAUGGUGACUGAGUGCAGAGGGGCUUGGGGGCCCCAGGGCACUGGCUGUCCACCACCGUGCAAGGCCCAGCAGGCCCGCUCUGGGGUGUAGGGGCCCCCCAACCAAAGUCCUUGGGUGAUGGGCAGGGCUGGGCUUGGCUGGGUGGAUGGGGGAGGGGCGAGAAUAUUUUUUCUUCAUGUAACUACAAAUCCCAAACCUGCCCUGCAUCCCAGCUCCGCCUGUGUAUAGAGAUAUAAAGAGAGGGAAAGAUGUAAAGAACUAAAUUUGCUAAUGACAUCGUUUUAACCCAAACGCUAUUUAUCUCUGAGCCGCCCCCACCGCCCUAUGUCAGAGCAAGUUUUCAUUCCUCAAUUUUUUUUCUCAAAUCUUUCAUGGCUUCUGACCAAAAACCAACCUGCCCCCUAUCUCCCUUGCCCUGCCCCACAGCGAACAGGAAGCCCCCUCGCCCCAGAGGAGCCAGGCCUGGGCGUCCUUUGGCCGAGCUGCUGGAGGGGCAGCCCCACUUUGUACAUUCUCCAUUUUGGAAUAUUUUGAGUUCCGAUUGUUGUAAAACUUAAUUUCCCCUGGUUUAUAUAUAUAUAUAUUUUUAGAGUUGAGUUUUUAUUUAUUAUUAAACACAAAAAGCCCAGCCCUGCCUGCCGAAGCCUGAUGACCCCGAGGUGGGUUGUGGGAGUCUGAUUCAGACUCAGAGAGGCGACUCCGCUCUGUGAAUAAACUAUGUAUGGACACUG